UUACUAUAGAUCGAUGACGUCAAGAGAGAAAAAAUUCUGGGUGACGUCACUUUCUGAAUAUUUGAACAUCCAAACAUCCAAACUCUGGUUUCGAACUUUAAUACUAUGCAUGAUGCAUGAUGUAUGAUGUAUGAUGUAUGAUGUAUCAUGUAUGAUACGACAAGAUGUAUAAUGAUUCUAGUCUUUACAUUACAGACGAGAAAUACACAAGAUGUUCGGAAAUGGUAGGAGGUCGUAGGAGGUGUUCGGAGGUGGUAGGAGGUGUUUGAAGGCGGUAGAAGUUGGCGGGAGGUGUUUAUCGGCGGCUGGAGGGGGUGGGAAGUCUUUGAAGGUGGUUGCUGGUGAUCCGUGGUGGUCGAGGAGGACGAUGAUGACGAGAUUUACGCGGGGCGGAAAGAGGUGGAGGACGGAGACGAAGUGGCCGCGUCUUCUCACGGGGAUAAUCCAGCUGAUCGACAUUUCUAAGUAGCAGUCGACAAGUAGUCAUACGUACUCUCUUUGUACCGACUCAAUCUCAAGUUUCCAUACCGACACUGCUUUGGCUGCUACGAAUGUCGGUGAAAUACCGCCUGACGAACAAGACGGUGUGAUCACAAGUGGAGAUACAUUCAGUACAGAGGAAAAAAUAAAACUGGAGAAACGUGCUAAACGGUUUGGGCUUAUUGAAGACAUUAAAAACUCAUCUGAAUUUCAAGAACCAGAACUGUAUAAUAGCCUUGGUAUAACAGAAGAAAAUGAUACUGUAAAAAAUCUUAGACUAAAUGUAUUGCACAUGCGGGGAACCGAAGAAAUGAGCACUACAGAUGUGUUCAAAUACUUUGAAGAUUUUGCUCCAGCGUCAAUAGAAUGGAUCAAUGAUGUAUCUUGCAAUGUCGUAUGGCUAGAUAACUUGACUGCUGCGAGAGCGUUAUUACGACUUUCGAAAAAAAUCACAGGCCUGGGUGAAACGAUUAAGGCUGAAAAAAAUUCAGCUUCGAAUACACCAAGUCGUGAUGAUGAUACUAAUGCUGCAAAUGAAGAAUGCGUCAUAGAAAUGUCUGAGGAUGAUAUCGGUGAUGGAAUGGAAGGCAAAAAAACGGAAAAUUCGAUACACAGCAAAGAUAUAAAUUGUCCACUACCGCCUGGACUUUGGAGAAAAGGUAUCGACUGUCCGAAAUCUAAAUGUAUUCUUUUACGUUUUGCCACACGAGCGGAUAAAAAACAACCGAAAGCCGAAAAAAUGAGUGACUAUUACAAGAAGUAUGGAAAUCCUAACUUUGGAGGUAUUAAAGGAAUUUUAACUGAAUCGCGUAAACGUAUGUAUAAAGAACUAAAACAUGGAAGAAAACUACCGAAACGGGAAAGCUCCGUCAGUAAAGAAGCAGAUAAAAACAAUUCGAAAAAUCCUUGGGGAUCUUUGUCUCAAACGUGGGGUAUCAACGAUUUUACCGAAGAAGAUUGUAUUGCUAAAAAUAUAACUAAAGAUCAGAGCAACAACGUAAAAGAACGACUAGGGUUGAAACCAAUAUCGAAAGCGGUACAUCAUCAUUCGGAAGAAUCAGAAAGCAGUUCUCAGGGUGAGAGCGAUGAGGAAUGGUGUAAACGAAGUAAAGUAAUGAGAAUGCGAAUGCAUGCCGAUGACGAAGAGGAAAAAGUUCAAAAACGUCGACUGCAGUUGAAACAUCAGGCAGCAAGAAUUUCGGCAUCCAGAACUGAUGACCUACGAUCCAGAUUGUGCAAUUCUCGAAAUCAACCUGAUCUUUUCCGUGGUGCAAUUCAGGUUGUAGUUACCAAUAACCAAAUUGUACCAGAUUCUUUGAAGAAAAGUAGAUCUGAGGAUGAAUGCAUAGAAGAGGUACAGGAAGAGGAAGAGGAAGAAGGUGAAAUUGUUGAUACACCUGAGGAAGCAGUUGAUGUACAAGAUGAAAGUCUUAACGACACAGAUGAUGACCAAGAAAGUGACGAAUCAGAAAGAAGCGAAAAGGAAGUCCAGGGUCCUCGUGGAAGUGUGAUUAAAGUGGUUCAACACAAACCUCGUGUCGCCUCUACUGUUUGGGCAAGGCUAAAUAAUAAGAAAACUGAAUGCGGUGACGAACCCAAGCAAAGACGUCCAACAACAGGGGACUUGAGAGACACAUUGCGAGGUGAUUUACGCUCGCGGCUUGGAAAACAAACAAGGGGACGAUCCCCUCUUAGAAUAGAAGUGAAAAAUGACAAAUAUGCCAGCGACACUGAUUCUGAGUGACUGAUUAUCCCAUGAAUGGUAAAGUUGUGACUAGCUAUUAGUUAGGUUUUAUAAAAUUGAUAAAAAAUUGGCGUCGUAGAGGGAAUUAUGAUUAACAUUAAGUACAUGCAUGCGUACAGGUUUAUGGGCAAAUCUAUCAUAGCUUUUAAUUUUCACUAUUUGAAACAUAUCGAAAAAUAAUGUAGGACAAAGUUUUAUGCAGAGCUCAAAGUACUUCAGAAAUAUUCCAGUAUACUGAAAACUGGCUACAAGACAACAAAUAUUGAAGUAGGUGUUUCAAUUAGCACUGCGUGAGGUAACAAAAUUUAUGAAGCGGCUUGUACCUGCUAACAAUCAAAUUUAUGAACACAGAAAUGACAAUCAGUUUAUCAAUGUUAUUCUACUCAUUGAUCUUUAUACAGAUAUAGAGUUCCCCUUCUUUCUCUAUGUCUUUGUAUGCAUAAAUUGACCUGUCAAGCAUCGUUCCCAACUAGAAAGUGCAUGCUCUUAUGCGUCUUGUAGUCGAAAAGAAAUUGCUCGACAAUAAACAUUUGUCAUACUUACAUAAAUUCGGACUUGGAUUUUGGGUGUUUGGUAAAAUUUUGAUCAAUAUAGCUCGAUCAAGGACUCAAUUUGUUACUAAUACUGAGUUUUGAUAAAAAGCUUACAGGUGUGAAUGCAUUUUGGCAAUAUCAAUAGUUUUCUGGUAUCCAGAUUAACUAUUGACUUGGUACUAGGUAAUAUUUUUCGGCUAUGACAUUGUUAAUAUGGCAUAGUUAAUAUGGCAUAGUAAGUAGUAUUGUAUCUGUAAAACUACUUGCGUACCUGUAGCCUCAGAGUUAGACAGGUUUGUAGAUGAUUUUCACAGUGUUAUUGCUGAUUCGAAAUUAUGAGACGCUAUAAAUUGAACUCCAUCAAUUUGAGUACCCUUGAAAGUUGAAAGUUUUGGAGAUUUGCCGAUAUGCUGUUCGUGUAGUUAAUAACUACAAAGAAUAAGAAACAAACACGUUAGUAUUCUGAACUGUAAAGUAUAUUUCCUUUAUAAUGGAUCGUAACACUCCAGGAUUUGUCAAACACUACCUGAUACUCUUAGUCGACUUCCUGUAUGUCAUGAUCAUAAAUAAAAAAAAUAAAGUUAUUCUAGAGUUAA